AAGGGCGGCCCCGGCUGCCCCGGCUCCUGCACUCACGCCGCACCGCGGAGGCGCUCGGAGCCCAGCGAGUUUGCAAAGAAGGGACGUCCCCUCUUCUCCCCCAACAAGCCUGAACGCCGGGCAGGGCUGCGGACUUGCAACCGGCUGUGCCCCGACUCGGAGAGGAGACGCCCCGAGCCCGGCAGUUGGAGCCUCUCCUGCCACCAGCUCUCUCGGCAGCGCCAGGACAGGGGGAGCCCAGCCAGCUCCUGCGCCCCGCAACAUCCUCCCCACCCGGCUGCUGCUGCGCUCCGGCCAUGACAAGGGCAGCGCCUCCUCUGUAGGGACUCCGAGACCUCGCCGCGCUCCUGCUGCAGCCCCCUGAGCGACUGCCCCGCGCCUCUUCCCGGGCGCCUGCGUCUAGCUCCCGAGCCAGCUGCUCCCUGCGCUCCCCCCGCGCCUCUCCGCCCGAGCACCGGCGUGCAGCAUGGGGACAGCCCCUCCGCUCGCCUCCCUGCUGCUGGCGGCGCUGCUCUGCCCCUUUCCCCCGGGCGGUCGCUGCAGCCCCGGGCCGCGGGAGGAGCAGGAGCUGAUCGUGCCCGUGCGGCUGGACUCCGCGGCCGAGCCGGCUGCCAAGAGGCUCUAUCGCCUGGACGCCUUCGGGAAGCGGCUGAGCUUGGAGCUGGAGCCAGACAGCAGCUUCCUGGCUCCGGACUUCAGGCUGCAGUACUUGGGCAGCCGCCCCCGGGAGGAGGAGGAGGCGGUGCCGGAGCAGGGAGCCUCGCUCGGGGACCAACCCGCAGCCGACCUGGCGCGCUGCUUCUACUCCGGCACCGUCAACCGGGACCCGAGCUCUGCCGCCGCCCUCAGCCUCUGCGAUGGGCUCCGAGGGGCUUUCUACUUGCAGGGGGAAGAGUACUUCAUCCAGCCGGCCAACGCCUCCCAGCAGCAGCUCCACCUCCUGCGCCGGCGGCUGCAGAGCAGCGUCCACCAGAGCGGCGGCUCCAAGUGCGGGGUGACAGACCAGAGCUUCCCCCUGGCCGCAGAGGGACAGCAGGAGCGCGUGGGCCAGACAGAAACUGGAAGCACAAGGAAAAAAAGAUUUGUGUCCAGCCCUCGCUAUGUAGAAACCAUGCUUGUAGCAGACCAAUCCAUGGCAGAGUUUCAUGGCAGUGGAUUGAAGCACUAUCUCCUGACUUUGUUGUCUGUGGCAGCCAAAUUAUACAAGCAUCCCAGUAUCCGAAACUCUAUUAGUCUGGUGUUGGUAAAAAUUCUGGUCAUCUAUGAUGAGCAGAAGGGACCUGAAGUUUCUUCUAAUGCUGCCCUUACCUUAAGGAACUUCUGCAGUUGGCAAAAGCAACACAAUCCACCCAGUGACCGACAUGCAGAGCACUAUGACACAGCAAUCCUCUUUACCAGACAGGACCUUUGUGGUGCCAAGACAUGUGAUACUCUUGGGAUGGCUGAUGUGGGAACAAUUUGUGAUCCAAACCGCAGUUGCUCUAUCAUAGAAGACGACGGAUUGCAAGCUGCCUUCACAACUGCUCAUGAACUAGGCCAUGUGUUUAACAUGCCCCAUGACGAUGCAAAGCAGUGUGCCAAUAUUAAUGGUCUAAGUCGGGAUUCCCACAUGAUGGCAUCUAUGCUUUCCAAUCUGGAUCGAAGCCAACCUUGGUCUCCGUGCAGUGCCUACAUGAUUACAACAUUUUUGGAUAAUGGUCAUGGUGAGUGUUUACUGGACAAGCCCCACAAACCUAUACAGCUUCCCUCUGAUCUCCCUGGAACUUUGUAUGAUGCCAAUAGGCAGUGCCAGUUUACAUUUGGAGAUGAGUCCAAACAUUGUCCGGACACAGCCAGCACGUGUACAACUUUGUGGUGUACUGGCAUCUCUGGAGGAUUGCUUGUGUGCCAAACUAAACACUUUCCUUGGGCAGAUGGCACCAGUUGUGAAGAGGGGAAAUGGUGUGUGAAUGGCAAGUGUGUAAACAAGACUGAGAAGAAGCAUUAUGAUACCCCUGUCCAUGGAGGCUGGGGAUCAUGGGGACCCUGGGGAGACUGCUCAAGGACAUGUGGUGGUGGAGUGCAGUACUCCUUUAGAGAGUGUGAUAACCCAGUUCCAAAGAAUGGAGGAAAGUACUGUGAAGGCAAACGGGUGCAAUACCGAUCGUGUAAUAUUGACGACUGUCCAGAUAAUAAUGGCAAAACUUUCAGAGAAGAACAGUGUGAAACACACAAUGACAUUUCCAAAUCCCCUUUUGGAAGUGGACCUGCAGUGGAAUGGACACCCAAGUUUGCUGGAGUCUCUCCAAAGGACAGAUGCAAACUUGUCUGCCGAGCAAAAGGCACCGGAUAUUUCUUUGUUCUGCAACCUAAGGUUGUGGAUGGCACCUCAUGUAGCCCAGAUUCCACUUCUGUCUGUGUGCAGGGACAAUGUGUAAAGGCUGGCUGUGAUCGUAUGAUAGGCUCCAGUAAGAAAUUUGACAAAUGUGGUAUCUGUGGAGGCAAUGGAUCUACCUGUAAGAAAGUGUCCGGCACACUUGUUAGUGCAAAACCUGGUUAUCAUGAUGUUGUCACCAUUCCUGCUGGAGCAACCAACCUUGAAGUUAAGCAACGAAAUAACAGGGGUUCACGACAUGAUGGCAGUUUCCUUGCUAUUAAAGCUGCUGAUGGCACAUAUAUUCUUAAUGGUGACUACACUCUAUCGACAUUGGAACAAGACAUUACUUAUAAAGGCAGUGUUUUGAGGUACAGUGGCUCAUCUGCAGCUUUGGAAAGAAUCCGCAGUUUCAGCCCACUGACGGAACCUUUAACUAUCCAGGUUCUGACUGUGGGUGACUCACCUCAACCUAAAAUCAAAUAUACUUAUUUUGUGAAGAAACCACUACAGUCUGGGUCUGAGAAAGCUUCCAGCAAAAAGAAAGAAUCUUUUAACGCCAUCAAGGAGACCAUCUUAUCUGAAUGGGUUAUUGAAGAAUGGGGAGAAUGUUCAAAGUCAUGUGGGUCCGGUUGGCAAAGAAGAUCUGUCAAAUGCAGAGACCUUAAUGGGCAGUCUGCCACAGACUGUGCAAAAGAACUCAAACCAAAUGAUCUCCGACCAUGUGCAGACAUGCCCUGCCCACAGUGGCAAUUGGGAGACUGGUCACCAUGUUCUAAGACAUGUGGGAAAGGAUUCAAGAAGAGAUUAUUAAAAUGUAUGUCUUAUGAUGGCAGUAUGUUGCCACAAGAAAGCUGUGACCCUUCAAAGAAACCUAAACAUUUAAUAGACUUUUGCAAUGUUACAAAGUGCACUUAAACAGUAUUCAGUUGGGAAAGCGAAAGAUUUUUUUUUCCAGAACAGUGCACUGAAAACAAGAGAGUUAGAGAUAGCAUGUGUGUCUUGCAUAUAAAAGUCAUGGUGAGGAUUCAUUGAGAGGGGACAGUACAAAUGAUUUUAGGGUGGUGUUGCAUCAUAAAAAUAUCCUGCAAAGUGCAGAUUUGAUAGCUUAGCAAGCCAAUGUCACUGACUCUUUCAUCUUCAGUAGAUAAAGCCCUAAGGCAUUAUAAUUUCCUUUUUAAGUCAGUUACAAGUUAAAGAAAACAAGCAGGGGCCAAACUGAGUUUAAGUAAACAUUUCAGAUUCCCCUCCCCCCCCCCCCCUUUAGAUUUGUGUUGUGGUACUGUUCAAGUCCCUAGGUUUUUUUAUGUGGCUUGGGAUGGGGGGCAGGAGGGAGAAAAUAGCUUUUGUCUAAGCUUAAAAUAAUUGGUCAAAGCUUACCUACCUCACAAAGGACAAAAAACAGGAUUAGAAAAGGAGUUUCAACUACAUUGUUCAUGGCUGCUAUUGUUUCAGAGAUUAGUUUUAUAGAAAAAUAAAGCCAUAUUCUCCACAAGUAAAGAGUCAAAAAUAACAAGAACAAUCAUUCUAACUUAACCUAACUUAACCUGCAGACAACUAGAAUGUUCUAUUUUUAAGCAUCUUUGUAUCACCCCAAUGUUUCUAUCCAUUUCUCUCAUCCAUGCCGAUGUAGUCAUUGUGACAUGCGUAACCUACAAAGCUGGAAUAAGUGGCAAUCUCCAUGGAACAGGUACUCUCUAAAAGUUGUUGCUUUUGGUGCCUCCUGACCAAACCACUGGUUUCUCUGGUUCAACUUUGGUUCUACCAUACUGUCAAUCAAAGUUAUUACAGUGAAGGUUUGAGCGCUGUCUCAAGUUCUAACUUUUUACCAUGUUCCGGCCCACACUAGCUUACUUAUUUGUGUUAUGCUAGAGACAGAUCAAAGGAAAAAGAAAUUCCCAAUAUGCAUGGGAAUCUCUAAUAUAUGACAUCUAAUAUUUUUAUAGUGCUCAAAUCACUUUUAUAAGGCGGGAAAGACAAAGCUGAAGGAUAGCGGGUCCAUCCACAGCAGUACACUAGCAGUUGCUUAAUUAAAAGUUUGUGCCAGUCCAUAGACUAUGAGAGAAUAUGGCUUUCCAUAUGUAUAUAGUAAAAUAUAUUACUAUAGAUUAUAUGUACUUUAUAAGUAUUUUAUAUUUCUUUACCUUCUGGGAAGGGUUAUAGUUUGUAAUAAAUGCGUAUAAUGAACCUAUUUAUUUUUAUACUUCCUGUGAUCUUCUAAGUUAUCGCUUUUUUUUAAAAGGACAUAUAACAAGGAUAGAGUAUUUAUACAGUAUAAUAAUAUGUUACUAGAGGUAAUAAAUGAACACUAUGAAUUUUUGAAAUUGUGUUUUUUAUUUCUACUUUAUAUAUUGAUUUUUUUUUUACUCCAGUGAAAGUACCUAAAAUCUAGAGUGACAUUUUCAAAAGUGACUAAGGGAUGUAGGAGCCUAAGUUUUAUAGAUGCUUUUGAAAACUUUUCCCAUGGUAAAAGGGUAAUCUUGGGUUUUGUUCUUUAAACACCAACAAGGUGCCCAGCAGUGAUUUCAUUUUUUUAGGGGAAAAAAUGGAAUAUGAGUUAAUUGAUAUUAUUGACUUUAAUCGGCUUACAGAUGGGACAGAACUUGUUCUGUCAGCUUGUGUUUGUAACCAACAACAUUUCUACAAAACUAGCUAAUUUGCCUGCAGAACUUAACAUACUUUAAAAUGUAUUACUGGGAAAGAUGCAUUUAAGUUAAUAAUAAUUAACCAAAAGUCAAAAGUUCCCUUAAGCAAACUUCUUGAGGGUAUGAUAAGCAGACUCUUUUAAUUAGAAGUACAUUUUUAAUGAACUGCUCUAACAUUUUUUGUAAUAUGCUCAAUAAUGCAAAUCAGAGUUUAAACAUCCAGAAACUGAUUUUUGCUCCCUUAAUUCUAACCCAAUGCCCACUGAGCUCAAGAGAAAAACUACUAUUGAAGUCAAUGGGAAUUUUUGUCUUUGGUUUUGAAAGAAGCAGGAGUAUGCCCAGUGUGAAAAUUGCAGGCCUCUUCCUGCUCUCUGAAAUCCAGUUGAAGUUACAUCUGUUAAAGGAAAGUAAAAUUUGGCACCGUUUCCUUUAGAAAUCUAUUAAAAGUGCCCUGACAAAUGUUUGGCCUUCUGUGUUGUGAAGCAGUAAUUAUCUGUUACUCCACGGGUGAUAUUCUAUCCCCAUUAAAGUCAGUUGUGCAACAUAGUACCUUUUCCUUGCUAUGUUGGCCAGGGGACCUGAAUUUGCACUAAAUGUGAUUGUGUUGUUAAAAUAUUUUGUAGUGUUUAUUUCUAACUUUAUUUGUGGUUUCAAUUCCAUGGUCUUUCCAUGAGAAUUGUAAGAGUAAAUAUUGUUUUAGUGUAUCUUAUUGCCACUAACAUUAAAUCAUAGCUUUUUUUUUUAAACACUACAGUUGAUAGGUGAGAAAUCAAAUGAUAGCAGUUUGCAAAAAAGACAGGCUGUUUUAAUUUUACACUGCACUUCUCCUCCAUAUCAAAUUUAUUUUCUAACAGAUACCAAGUGCAUAUAGCCUAAGUGCUUAGUUAUGCUUGCACAGUUCAUGCUAUCAAUUUGUGAACCCAGUGAGUUAUAGUAAUAAAAUUCCAGCAAUGUGGUGUAGCUAAGGAAUGGGCUUGGGCCCAAGAUCUCUAGUUGGUAGUCAGUGCCUUACCCAAUACUACAUACAUCAACCAAGAAUAAGUGUGCUGUGUAGGGCUAACAAAAAGAGGAAACUGUUUCUCACAAGCAUACCUAUGUCGAUUAAAGGCAUUCCGUGGUGCUGACAUCCUCUCUCCACUCCCAAUAAAAGGCUGAAAAGGCAUUUUUAGGGAGGGAAAUUAUAUUUUACACACACUCUUUCAGGCCGAAGGGAGCUCAAGCAAAUUAAAUGCAGCAGAUCCCUAUUGUUGCAAAACGUUUCAUAAGACCUUUUAUUUCUCUAUACAUUUCUAAAGUGCCUAUGCCCAUAUUAUCUGGGUACUCUAAUGAUUAGAAUGGUCAGUAUCUUUAGCUAAGAUAUAAAUGAGGUGGUAGUGGUGGGGUGGGAUUCUAAAUAUAUUUGUCCUAUAGUAGAAUUAAAGAUAUAAAUAGCAGUGACGAUUUUAUUUGCAUUCAUAAAAAUGUAAUGAAAUAAAAUGUUAUGAUAGGCUAUUUACUAUAUUGGUGUUUGUGGCACAAUGAACACAAACACAGCAGUGCAAAGGUCAGGUCAUUACUGAAAUUUGUAGCUCAGUGGACCAGGAUUGCAUUUUUAAAUUGUAGUUUUCUAGUUAGAAAACAAGAGCCGUAAUAUUUUUCUUUCACCAGUUUAUGAACUCUUAUCAGUUGUGCUAUAACUCUGGAAUAUGGCUUGUAAAUUCAUUCUUUAUUUUUUUAAAUGGGAUUUGGUUACUGAAAGAGCAUGUACCAAAUACAUUAUUUUAAAAAAUGUAGUUGAAAGUCUAGCACCAUGAAAGGAUACUCUCUUAUGUGACACAGCAAGGGGAAAAUAAGCAAAAUAAACUGGAUGUGAUUUAUCUGUGUGGCAGUUGAGAUUGCAAAGCAAUUAAAUUAUAUCCCCUGUAGUAAGAGUCUGCCAAUUUAUAGUGCUUAUUGCAAAGGAUUGGCCUGCACAGUAUUCCUUUUUUGAGUAAGAGCCUCUAAACAUUAUUACUGACUUAUUUAAUAUGAAAUUAGGUACAGAAAUAGAGAGGUAGAAAGGCAAGGUGUGUGCUUAUUUAGAGGACAUUUUAACAUAGGAAAUAAUCCUUAAAGGUAUCAAAAGCACUUUGUUAGAACCUGAUCCAAAACUGUUACUUAAAUCAAUGCGAAGUGUCCUAUUGUCUUCACUGGGCUUUGGAGAAGACCUUUUGCAAACUCCAGAUGGACUAUUUUAGCCCAGCUUUACUAGUUUCCUCACCCGACAGAUUCAGAGUUAAGCACCAACACUGUAACCUGCAUGCCCUUUCCCUCUAGGUUCAUACCUGGCAUUGUUCAUUGGGUGUAUAAGUAUCCAGCAGCCUCUCUAGUAAGGCAGAUAAUGAGCAGGCACUCUCCUCUUCUCAUCUACCAUUUCCUUCUGUUCCCCGAUGUUCUCAUUUAUUCUCCUCUUCUACCCACAGCCCUCCUGCCCCUCCUUUUAAAUUGAGGUUUAAUUCCAAUUGGGUACAGAUGAAGAGGCGAUCUAGUUACAAGGAUAUUUCUUCGGCAAAUCCCAUUUUUUCAGUAUAACCCUUUGGCAGUUGAGGAGGACAUUUAUCUAGAUUUUAACUGAGCUAAACUUGGCUGUCUCAGCAAUACCACCAGCUUGAAUUUAUUGCCAGAAAAUGAACAGCUGUAUCUGAGUUGUGCGGACACAGGAGAUGAACCAUGAGUCAUAAAAUAUUUUAUGCAGAAUAGCUACCUGGAAGUGCCCAAAUGAAUUAAAUCUGUUUUAUCUUAAUCAUCCUCUAGUUCAAUGCUCUAUGCUAUACUGUGCCAGUCCAUCCAAAGACUGCACUAUCUUCCAGUUACUGGUAGGAGCUUAUCUGGUGCUAGAGCAGAGGAUAAGUGAGAGAAAUAGCAAUUACAAUAAUAUUUCUUGAAGUACUGAACUUCUUUCACUUUGGGGUUUCCAGGUACUAAGGUUCUGUGAUCCGAAGUCUUUGAACUCCACCAAAAGACUCCCAAUGAGCUUUGAGUCAGGCCUUAAAUCUUGUAAGAUUACUAGACUCAAAGAACCCUAUUUUAAAUUUGGGCAUCUAAGUUAGGGAGCAGAUGGGCAUUUGAGUAGGAAUGUGGAUAUGUAAUGUUCCCUCUCCAGCUAAUUAGAAUGUAAAACUGUAUGGCAUUUGGGAAUCCAAUUAAGGCUCCCCUAUCUGAGAAACAGACCCAUAGUCUGAAAUAGGGACAGAUGUCCUAUAUAGUAUGUCAGUGGCAAGACUAGGAUAUUUGGAGCUGACAUUUUGUUUAAAUGAUUGCCAUAUUACUAAAAGCAGAAUUAGAAAGGGCUUAAUUUAAUCCUAGAGAUAGAGAGUCAGGACCUAAUUCAACAUUAUUUCAAAUGUGUUAAUGAUUGAUGGAAGACGCCGCAUGCAAUGCAUGCUCCUAUAUUCCCAUCCCUAUGGUCUAAGCAUAGUUGUGAAAGUAAGUACAUUCUUACCUGAAUCACAAUUUUGCUGCUGUUCUGCUGAUUGUAAUUAUGUAUGGUUUCAGACUAUAGACAUCAUAGAUGUUUUUGAAUGUCAUUUUGAAACAAAAUAACUUAAUAAAUAUA